AUAAUAUCUUACUUAAAGUUACAUCGAUUGUUGGUUCACUUCGAUCAUUUACAACUUGAUUUCUAACUAUGCAUGAAGGAUUUGUAUUGAUUACUUUAGGUGACAAAAAGUAGUACAUAAAAUUUCUGUGACUAGAUUCUAAUAAGUAAAUACUAUGGAAGCAAAUCCUAAUUUUAUAGUACCUCCAGAUUUAUGUCAAGAACCAAUUACUUACAAAUCUGUUUACGAAAAUAUAAAUGGGCAUUGCAAUGGAAAUAAAUCACCGGCUCCUCCUGUGGCUGCACCAGUACCAGUAGGUGUUCCUGGAGCAAUGGGAAUUCAACCUCAAGCUCCUGCUUUACAACCUCAAUUAGUUGAUGUACCAGUUUUUAAUUGUCCCCGUCGUCCUAAUUUGGGACGGGAAGGACGCCCUAUUGUACUACGAGCUAAUCAUUUCCAAAUAUCGAUGCCCCGUGGCUAUGUACAUCAUUAUGAUAUUAAUAUUCAACCUGAUAAGUGCCCACGAAAAGUGAACCGUGAAAUUAUUGAAACAAUGGUUCAUGCUUACAGCAAACUUUUUGGUAACUUAAGACCAGUGUUUGAUGGACGCAAUAAUUUAUAUACUAGAGAUCCUUUACCUAUAGGAAAUGAUCGAAUGGAGUUAGAAGUUACUUUACCUGGUGAAGGCAAAGAUAGGGUUUUUCGUGUUAAUAUAAAAUGGUUAGCUCAAGUGUCUUUAUUUGCAUUAGAAGAAGCUCUUGAAGGUCGUACUAGACAAAUACCUUAUGAUGCUAUUUUAGCUUUAGAUGUUGUUAUGAGACAUCUACCUUCAAUGACUUAUACUCCAGUGGGUCGAUCAUUUUUUUCUUCACCAGAAGGUUACUAUCAUCCAUUAGGUGGUGGUAGAGAAGUUUGGUUUGGUUUUCACCAGUCAGUUCGGCCUUCACAAUGGAAAAUGAUGCUUAAUAUUGAUGUUUCUGCAACUGCCUUUUAUAAAGCACAGCCAGUAAUUGAGUUUAUGUGUGAAGUUUUGGAUAUAAGAGAUAUUGGAGAGCAACGAAAACCAUUAACUGAUUCUCAAAGAGUCAAAUUUACAAAAGAAAUUAAGGGAUUAAAAAUUGAAAUUACCCACUGUGGUGCAAUGCGCAGAAAAUACAGAGUAUGCAAUGUUACCAGGAGACCUGCUCAAAUGCAAUCUUUUCCCUUACAAUUAGAAAAUGGUCAAACUGUAGAAUGUACUGUUGCUAAAUAUUUCUUGGAUAAAUAUAAGAUGAAACUGAGAUAUCCACAUUUGCCCUGUCUUCAAGUUGGCCAAGAACAUAAACACACUUAUCUUCCUUUGGAAGUUUGUAAUAUUGUUGCGGGACAAAGAUGUAUAAAAAAAUUAACUGAUAUGCAAACAUCCACAAUGAUCAAAGCAACAGCGCGAAGUGCUCCAGAUCGUGAACGUGAAAUUAAUUCUUUAGUCCGUCGUGCAGAUUUUAACAAUGACUCGUAUGUUCAAGAAUUUGGUCUUACUAUUUCAAACAGCAUGAUGGAAGUAAGAGGUCGGGUUUUACCUCCUCCUAAAUUGCAAUAUGGUGGUAGAACAUUACCUAAUCAGGGAGGAUUAAAUGUCCAACAAACUAAACAACAAGCAUUACCUAAUCAAGGUGUUUGGGAUAUGAGAGGUAAACAAUUCUUUACUGGAGUUGAAAUCCGUAAUUGGGCGAUUGCAUGUUUUGCACCACAAAGAACUGUUCGUGAGGAUGCAUUAAGAAAUUUUACAACCCAACUUCAAAAGAUAAGUAGUGAUGCAGGAAUGCCAAUUGUUGGACAGCCUUGUUUUUGUAAAUAUGCCACUGGUCCAGAUCAAGUUGAACCAAUGUUCCGGUAUUUAAAAUCAACUUUUACUGGCUUACAGCUUGUUGUGGUUGUAUUACCUGGAAAAACACCUGUAUAUGCGGAAGUUAAAAGAGUAGGGGAUACUGUUCUUGGUAUGGCUACUCAAUGUGUCCAAGCUAAAAAUGUUAAUAAAACUUCUCCUCAGACUUUAUCCAAUUUAUGUUUGAAAAUUAAUGUUAAAUUAGGAGGCAUCAAUAGUAUUCUUGUACCAAGCAUUAGACCCAAAGUUUUCAAUGAGCCAGUUAUAUUUUUGGGUGCAGAUGUUACUCAUCCUCCAGCUGGAGAUAACAAGAAACCAUCUAUUGCUGCUGUAGUUGGAUCAAUGGAUGCACAUCCUAGUCGAUAUGCAGCAACAGUACGUGUUCAACAACAUAGGCAAGAAAUAAUACAAGAGCUUAGUUCUAUGGUCAGAGAAUUGUUAAUUAUGUUUUAUAAGAGCACUGGUGGAUAUAAACCACAUAGAAUUAUACUAUACCGCGAUGGUGUAUCUGAAGGACAAUUUCCUCAUGUUUUACAACAUGAAUUAACAGCUAUACGUGAAGCAUGUAUUAAAUUAGAAGGAGAUUACAAACCUGGUAUUACUUUUAUCAUAGUUCAAAAACGUCACCACACUAGAUUAUUCUGUGCUGAUAAAAAAGAACAAUCUGGUAAAUCUGGAAAUAUACCAGCUGGAACAACAGUUGAUGUUGGAAUAACUCAUCCCACAGAAUUUGAUUUUUAUUUAUGCAGUCAUCAAGGAAUUCAAGGAACCAGUAGGCCAAGUCAUUAUCAUGUAUUAUGGGAUGAUAAUCAUUUUGAAUCUGAUGAGUUACAAUGUUUGACUUAUCAAUUGUGUCAUACUUAUGUGAGAUGCACUCGUUCUGUAUCAAUACCCGCCCCAGCAUAUUAUGCUCAUCUAGUAGCAUUUAGAGCGAGGUAUCAUUUGGUUGAAAAAGAACAUGACAGUGGAGAGGGUUCUCACCAAUCUGGUUGUAGUGAAGAUAGAACACCUGGUGCAAUGGCUCGAGCCAUUACAGUUCAUGCUGACACCAAAAAAGUUAUGUACUUUGCUUAAGCAAUCAAUUAAAAAAAAUUUUAUCUAAAUGAUAAAUUUAAGGCAUCAAAGUCCCACCCGCCAAUCAUUGCCUAUGUAACUAGACCAAAUUUUUUUUUUAUGUUUACUGACCUCUGACAAAUAUUUGUAUGUAUUUUAAUUAAUUCCCAACUAUAUCUAGUUCUUAGAAAUUUUCCAAAGUUAAAUUUGCGUUGUUGCUAGUAUUUGUAUUGUUACCUAUUUUUCUUCUUUUUCUAAUUAAAAUUAGACAUCACUUAAUUACUUCCAGUAUCUUAGUGCGCAAAUUCUAGUCUUAACAGGUUUUUUCGGAAUAUUGUUUUCGAGUUUCAACCAACGGCAGCAAUGAAAAAUGCAUUCCUCCUUUCAAAUUCAUGAUUAUUGUAUUAUAAAAAUGUAAUUGUUACAGUUAAUUAAUUAAUGAUUAUUAUUGUUAAGUGUGUAUUAUAGUCAUAGUAAUUAGACGUUUGUAUUCCAAUUUUCCUGCCAACUUAAUCUCUACUUAUCUGAUUUUAUUUUCUUUGAUACUAGAUUUUAAAUAAUUUUAAUUGUGAUUAUCUCAUAAUUUUAUUUUAUUUCUGGUAACCAUUCUAAUAAUUCUUUUUUUUUAAUUUAAUUUAACCAUAUAUUCUCAUUUUCUACGCGGCUCAUUAGCUUGAACAUAAUAUUAAGACCAAAAAAUUGUGGUACCAAUCUCAUAUUGAUAUGUUCAUUAAAUUAGCUUACUAUGUAAGCUAGACCAACUAAGGGAAACUUGGAUUAUUUUAACCCAAAUUGAAAUCUGUUUAAAUGCGUUGCACUUAUGUCUGA